GAUGAAAGUUGCCGGCGACAAUAAAAAAAACUCUGACGUGACGUGUCUCAAGGAAAAUUCUCAGAUUCAUCAAACAGAUUUCGAAUAAUUUUGAAAAUAUUCAAAAAUUUGCUCAAUUUCCCGUUAUGGCACCAAAAGAAAACGAGUCCAAGGUAAAAGAUGAGAAGAAAAUUGUUAAAAUUAACAAGUGGGAUGGAGCGGCAGUUAAAAAUGCCCUGGACGAUGGUGUAAAGGAGGUGCUAACAAAAAAAUUCAAUUACCCAGAAAAUUUCGGCCUGGUGGAUGGCAGACUUGCAAUCUGUACCAUUGCUGUAGCGGUAGCUAUGUUUGCCCUCAUUUGGGAUUAUCUUUAUCCCUUUCCAGAAUCCAGGCCAGUAAUAAUAUUCAGUGUAACAACUUAUUUUAUUAUGAUGGGAGUUUUAUCUUUAUACACAACAUAUAAAGAAAAAGGCAUAUUUUGUGUGUGCAGCAUUAAGGAAGGCCCUAAAAAGGGGCAGGUGUUGGAAGCAAGCUCUGUCAUGGAAAAAUAUGACGAUAAAUAUGAACUACAUUUGUCUAUAAAAGAUCCAAAAACUGGACAACUGCGAGAAAGCAAGUCGAAGAAAAGUUGUGCGAAUUUUGUGACCAUUGAUGGAGUAGUAUGCCAAGAUCUGUUGGAGAAUGAAGUAACGAAACUGCACAAUUCCUUGUUAAAUGAGAAAAAGGAUAAAUAAUUAUAAAUUACAUGAAAUUAAGUCUAAAAUGUGUGUUUUAGUUAAUUUUGUAUUGUUUUAUGCAAUUAAAAAAAAAUAAAAUCCUUUUUUUUA